AGUUAUACUGUCCUACACUUCUUGCACUCGUGUGAAAUAAGUAACCUAAAAUAUAAUUUGAAUGAUUAUUUUAAUGCAAUAAAUAUACGCGGAUUAGACAAAACAACAUAAAAAUGGCAGGAGGGAAAAAUGCUCAAGCUGGAUUUCAACCGGAUUCUGAUGUUCAUAUCACAUACGAAGAUCAACAGAAAAUUAAUAAAUUUGCAAGGCAAAAUGCUAAAUUAGAAGAUUACAAAGAAGAACUCAAAAUCAAGCAGAAUGAAUUAAAAAAUUUGGAAGACGCUGCGGAUGAAUUAGCCCUUAUGGAUGAUGACGUGACAAUACCAUAUUACAUUGGAGAAGUAUUUGUACGUCAGAGUCUUGAAAAGACACAGAACCAUUUGGAGGAUGCUAAGGACAAGAAAAAAACAGAGAUUGCAAGUCUGGAAAAUAAAUGUACAGACUUGAAGACUAUUAUGACUGAAUUGAAAACUCAAUUGUAUGCAAAAUUUGGUAGUCGUAUAAAUUUGGAAGCAGAAGAGGAUUAACCUUUUCAGUACAUGAUGCACUUAUUUUUAUUAUAUUCAAUAUAAUACUAAUAAUAUCUACACAUUCUUAUCAUUUGCCAAUGCAAUCAUAUCUUUUAAAUUAUGAUUCA